GCUCGUUGAAAUCUAUCAAUUACAAUGUUUCCAUAAGAGACUCUUCAUUUAUUGAUUUCUUGACGACUCGCCAUUCCAAAUCCUUCAAGCUUAAUUUAAUUCAUUUGGUUUAACAUCAACCUCAAUGAAGGGUUAGUCGUGAUUGAAUAGUACCUAGGUAGGAAAAGGGCAUAAUGCGAGUGUCACUUCUCGCGAUAGUGAUGGGCCUUCUGUAUGGAAUUAUAGAAGCCUCCCCAGCUCGUAGAGCAGGUAACGAUCAUUCCUCAACUGACUCUCCUACUUCCACCGCAAUAGAUGCCUCUGCCACAAACAAAGCAACUCCAGCGGCAAGAACUACAACCUCGAUUACAGAUGACGGAUUGAACCCAUGGGUCACCGUCGAUGCCAGCGGACAUGCGUCAACAGUUACGCCCAUUCUUACGACGAUCAAUAGUAAAGUCACUACAAGUGAUGCUGCUCCAGCACAAUCGACUGCUACCAGUGCCUCCCCUCUCUCUGAAGCGUCAACGACAUCUACAUCUAGUGAAGCGGUACCUACACCGACAGGUGGUGGAGCCUUUGACAUCUGCCACAAUCUCAAAGGAAAGUUUGCACCGUUUUGUAAGCCAGACAAUGGGUCUAGUGUAUAUGUCGACGAGAUAUAUUAUGUUACUUGGGAUGCUCGGUACUUCGCUGGGUCGAAUGUUUCUGUUUUUAUACAGGCAAACUAUGUAAAUGCUUCAGGGGGAGGGGUACAAGCUUUUCAAUCAGUGCCCACAAGUAAUAAUCUUGGUUUCAUUGCUUGGACGAUAGAUAAGAGCUGGUUAAAGGGCAUGAAGUUCAACAACGUAACUUUAUUUGUCACACCCACCCAGAAAACGGAUAUUGUUUCCGUACAAGGACCAACAAUUAUGGUGACUACUUCUCCUGCGCCUGAGCCAUAUCGUCAAUCUCCAAGCAAAGCUCCCCAUGGCGCUUCUCUCUAUAUUGCCCUUCCAACAGUCCUCGCGUUUAUUGUACUAGUAAUUGGGGGAACGUGGUAUUGCAAUCGAAAGCAUCGCACCAUUGGGAUGGGUAGUGUGAUGGGUCGACGCCAGGGAUAUGGAACUGGUUCAAGAAGACAAAGAAUGGGAUUAGGAAAGAAGAAAGAUCGAGCAAUCAUGUUGAGAAACCAAGAGUUAACAGCCAAUGGCCAGUAUAGGGAUAUUCCAGCAUCAAGAGUAGAUGAUCCAACGAUGCAUUAUCGCGAUGAAACGGGUUGGGAUAAUGAUGAGAAUUUCAAAGAUGAGACCAGAAUAUAAGCUGGAUCAAGACUCUGAUAUUCAGAAUAAACCCCAGGUGUGUAUGAUUAUGGAAACAGUCGUGGGAUAUGGACGUAAAAAACGAUGAUGGCAUAGAAUUUCACAGUUGUUGGCUCUGAAAAGUUCGGCUUUAGAGUUGUUGAUAAACUAGUAUAAUAUUAAUAAUUUUUAGCUUCA